GUGGUCACUAACACAGUGUAGUGUUAGCAGCGUGGGUGUGGUCACUAACAGUGUGCUGUUGGCAGGUGGGCGUAGUCACUAAUUCAGUGUGGCAUUAGCAGGUGGGUGUGGUUACUAACACAGUUGUGGUGUUGGCAGUAUGGGUGUGGUCACUAAGAGUGUGGUGUUAACCGUCUGUUAAACCAGCCGGUUUUCCUUAUGUAAGUACAAACACCGGCUAGUAGGCGAAGCUCAAGGUGUGAAAAGCGUGUGGCUCAUUUGGCUUGUUGAGGAAUGUCAACUUACAAGGAUGGAAGUUUUGACACAACAUAUUUGCUGGCCUGUCCUUACAGGUCAUUUUUAUAGCGGGGUGUGUUCAUUAACACAGUGUGGUUUUGGCAGCGUGGGUGUGGUUCCAGUCCGGGAUCAACACAGACGGAGCACACAACCCAGUGACCACCAGGAAGAUACAGAAGGGUGACAUCCUCUCACUCAACUGCUUCCCAAUGCCACAGGGGUACUACACGGCACUAGAGAGGACUUGGUUCUUUGACCACUGCAGCGAUGCCCAUCUCAAGGUGUGGGAAGCCAACGUGGCCGUCCACAAGCGGGGGAUUGAACUCGUCCGGCCGGGUGCCAAGUGUUCUGAGAUUGCCCAAGAACUAAACGAAAUGUUUGCCCAGUUCGGCCUUCUGAAGUACCGCACGUUUGGCUACGGUCAUUCCUUCGGUGUCCUCAGCCACUACUACGGGCGUGAGGCUGGUGAGUCAUGUUCUAACAACUCUUUAUUUGAUGAUCGUAGAUAUAGCUUGUGUGUCAGAUUUUUUAUGAUACCUUACAAUGUGUGCAAUACAAGUUGACCUUCAUUUCUAUAUAUACAAGAUAAUGAACACAAACUAAUGUAUUAAUAUUAAUGUUUGAUAACCCAUACGCUACUUGUUCACCAACACCUUGAUUAACUCUCGCAACAUCUUUCUAGUACAUUUUAACAACACGUAAAUUCAACUUCUGCCUCACAAGAGCAGCAGUUUCCCACACUCACAUUCAGUUUAUAUGUUAGAAGGCCCUGCAUAAGUUACCAUGUUUAAACAUUAUAGUAUAUUAUUUCCAGCUCAAUUUAUCACCGACAGAAGAACAAGCAAACUUUUGCUGCUGAACAUCUCCUUAGUUAAAUUGUUAAUUAGUUUUUAUCGGACAAUAUUCUUAGAACACA